AUGCCCGAGAGGUCCCAGAAUAUGUGCAAGGUCGACGCCCUCCUGUGCAUUGGAACUCAGGGGCUCUCCGAGGAAGAGUUCCACAACUACAUGCCCCGACGCCACGGCGCAGAGUGUGCCAAAAUCCGCGAGCAAUAUGGCAUCCUGAAAUACCAGAUGACCUUCAACACGGCCAGCACCCGCGCCCUGCUCCAGAGCAUGAAGCUCCCCUACGCCAUAGACGACCACGACCUCCAGAUCGAGUACUACUUCCGCGGCGUGUCGUCGCUGCUCGCCGUCUCGGGCGACGAGGGCUUCAAGGCCCUGCACGUCGAGGCGACCCCCUACGUCCGCCUCGACGAGGCCACCGUCGCACUCACAUGGGUCGAGGUCUACCUCGAGGGCGGGAGGCUCGUCAACAUCGGCGCCGACGGGGAGAGCCUUCAGCCCUCGUUCGCGGAGCAGUCCGAGAUCCGGGUGUCGGAUAGGCCUGCUGACAAGUACUACUAA